AUGGUGACAGGUAUUGAGGCCACCGGUGUGGCUUUAGCCAUUCUUCCUUUGCUAGUGAACCAGUUAGAUAAUUAUGCACGAGGGCUGGAAAAGAUCAAAGCCUUUCGACGAUAUAAGUGGCAACUGGAGGACUACUCUACUGGGCUGAGUGCCCAGUACGCCAUAUUGCUGAAUACCUUAGAGCUGUCACUUGAAGGGGUUGUUGAUGAUCACGACCAAAGGUCUGAGCUGAUCAGAAACCCGACAGGUUCUGGGUGGAAGGAUGCAGCUUUUCAACGCCGACUGAUUGAAAAGCUUGACCGGGAUUACAUUGCUUUCACCGGGAUAGUGAAUGGAUUGUGUCGUCUCUUAGAGGAUCUGUCCAACAAACUCGGACUAGAGACCACAGAUUACUCAACUGCUGCAUCGACAAUAUCUUUCAAGACCCUCAAAUUUCGCAAGAUAUUCUCCGCGGCCGUUUACGAUGAUAUCUUGGACAAAAUCGAUAAGACAAAUCAAAUUCUGAAGACUCUCUGUGAGCAAUCCCAACACCGAGAACAAUCUCGACGGGGCCCGACCAGACAGAAGGCAAACCUGAAGCAAUAUCGAGACAAGAGAAGGCAUGCGAGGUCCCUUUAUGGUAUCAUGAUAGAAGGAGGUCAAUGCUGGAAUUGUUCAUGUCAAGAUGGACACUCUAUUGGCCUUCAACUUGACACAACCUCUCUCCAUGGUGCAAAGGAUACCCACUAUGUAUCUAUGGACACGACUUUCCGCAUGAUUCUAUCGUCCCCCAAGAACAAAUUAUCGUCUAAUGCUCGAAGGCGAUGGCACGAGGUCAAGGUGAAAGCCGACAAAAGUGUUGAAUCCCCCCAUGACACCAUCAACCCUCACCCGUCAGCCUGGAAACCAAAGGUUCGUUUUAACGAUUUGGAAACAAAGUGCGAGGAUGAUAUUCACAAAACACCUCGUCCACGAGGCGCACUCAUUUCCUCUCUUUGCUCAACGUUUCAUGAAGUUGAUAUGGCAGACCCGCACGUCAAAUCCGAUUCCAUUGGAUACAUUUUCGGUAAACAGACCUCCGAAGAUACCAGAUACUAUAUGAGCGUAAUCCACAGCAUACAAGACGAAAUACAUCUUCGUUCCUUACAAGAUACCCUCAUUGGCUCUCCCUCCUUGCCAGAUUCCCCAAUUCAAAGCUCGGAUGAAUUGAGUCGUCGAGACAGGCUUUAUCUGGCCACCCUUCUCGCUUGUAGCGUUCUCCAGCUUCAUGGGAACUGGCUCCAACAGAAAUGGAGAACACAGGAUAUUCUAUUUAUCCAUCAUCCUGAAUCCAAACAUUCACAGUUUGAACGUCCAUACCUUUUACAGAGAGUGUUGAGCGUACCUCAGACAUAUCUCAAUAGGUCGACUUCGGAAGUAUACGAAGGCAUGAGUCGCCGUCAGAUCUCAAACAAUAUUCUCUUCCCGCUCGCAUUGGCCUUGAUUGAGUUAUCUCUGGGAAGAGCCAUAUGCACACUUCAUUGCCCUGAAGAUUGGGACUCAUCUGAGGAAGUCUCUCACUUCAACACCGCAGCGAGACUUCUUAAAACAGUCUACUGGGAGAGCGGAUCAAACUAUGGUGAUGUGGUUAAUGAGUGUUUGUAUUGGUCUCGAAGCAAAGGCGACGGCUUUGAGGACCCUCACUUCGACGAAUCCGUGUUUGACACGAUUGUCUCUCCUCUACUGAAGGAUUUUGAUUAUUUCGAAGGUCUCUCUCUUAGGACAUAG